CGACUUUGGGCGGAAGUGGCUUUGUAAACCCAGAGAAGCGAAAUGGGGGUGAAGCUGGAGGUGUUUCGGAUGGCACUCUACCUCGCUUUCCCUGUGACUAUGUUCUGGAUUUCGAAUCAGGCCGAGUGGUUUGAGGACUACGUCGUACUGCGCAAGAGGGAGCUGUGGCCACCUGAGAAGGAGGGCCAGCGCCAAGAGAUAGAAGAAUUCAAAGAGAGGAUACGGAAGCAGCGGGAGGAGAAGUUCCUUCGAGUUGCCCAGCAGAAUCCCUGAGCCCUCCAAGUCCUAACUAUCCCCACUCCCCCAAUGAAA